AUGGAGGAAUCUCUAGACGGUCGUGAGAGCCAUAGCGCAGCAGGCUUCGACUCAGCAGCUAUUUUAAAUGAUGACGUUUCUCCGACAACUAGCUUUUGCUAUAACAUCCCUAAUUUGUUUAAUAGUCUGGGAGCGGGCUCGCUUUGUGAGCGACCGGAAGCGGAAGUGGAAAAUUAUUCAGCACAGGAACCCGCUGAUGAAGAGAACCACCAAUUUGAGGAAGAGGAAGAAUAUUCACCUAAUUCGAGUGGCAAGGCCGGCGAUAUUCCAAAACGAAAACAACGAAGGUACAGAACAACAUUUUCAAAUGUGCAAUUAGAACAACUAGAGGCUGCAUUUCACAAAACCCACUACCCUGAUGUGUUCUUCAGGGAGGAACUGGCAAUGAGGAUAGAUCUGACUGAAGCCAGAGUUCAGGUGUGGUUCCAAAAUCGUCGAGCAAAAUGGCGCAAACAACAAAAGGCAGGUUGUGAGAGCUAUCCACCCAGGUCUACAAGAUCACCUGAACAACGGUCUCCGUCCUCACUGGCCUUGGAGAUGAGAGAUUUUAUAACUAUACCAGUAUCCUCCCCGCAAAUAAUCAACAUGGCCGAAGCUGCGCACCAAAAUAGCUACGGAAAGAACAAGCAGACCACUCCAGCUAUCCACAUCUCUGCCCUACCAUCGAGACAGAACCCACAACUAGAUCUACCUUCCUUCUCCAUUCCUUUACAAUACAACUUAGGCAGUUUCAAAAAAGCCGACGAAGAUGAACACCUCGACUUAGAAUCCCAAGAGCAGCCCCAAAACCCAUGGGAUUCAAGAAUGAUGCCCAAUUUCAACCUAAUGCAUAUGAAGCCCUUGUUAGAAAAUAGAGACAAUACAGAUUUGAACGAAGUCAAGUAUGAAGUAAAAAAUGAAAAUGUUGGAAGAUCUUAUAAUGAUCUUCCAAUAAAUCGAAUUGAGUCUGAAGAUAUUCUCGGGAAAGAAACGGUGAACGAAGGGCAAACAAUUUCACCAGAUUUCGAAAUAGAGAGAUAUCAAUACAAUGAUGGUGAUAAACGUUUUAGAGAACCAUUCGACGAAUCAAUUAUGGAAGAUAGGAACGACUUUGUAUGCGAUGGAGACUUCCUGUGUAAGAAUAAUUUCGAAAAAAUCGAUGAAAAGCGAAAUGAAUUUGAGGAAUGUCAUUUGCUGGAUGGCGAAAGUAGUGUGUCGGUUGGAAUGAGUAAUUUUGAUAAUAAUUUAUAA